ACAGAAAUUUAAAAACUUUCAUUCAGUGCAUGUGGCUUCAUGAUCAUAAUAAUAAUGGCUUGAUAGAAAAACAUGAUCUUCAAACAGUGUUAAAAAGUUUUGGGUUUUAUCUAAGUACUGAUCAAUUUGAGAGGUUUUGGAAUACAUAUGAUAUUCAAAGGAAAGGAGCCUUACAAUAUAAAGAAUUUUUAUUGAAAUUAGGAACACGUGCGGAAUCAUUCAAGCAUUAUCUGUCCACAAGUGUUGCAGCCAAAGUACACUACCAUUCUCCUGCCUUCCAUUCUUAUUCUAGUAACAGGCAAGAACAGCUGAGAAAAAGAUAUGCUAAACUUGGAAGAGAUGAUCCAGAAAUUCAAGGCCAGCAUUUCAAUAAUGUGCUUAAUGCUUUUAAACAAAAGGUGAAAGAAAAAUUUCCCAUUUUGUUACAUGCAUUUCAAAUAAAGGAUAUGAGUGGUUGUGGGUUAUUACCUCUCUCUGUUUUCCAUCAAAUUUUGAACUAUUUCAUUAUGCCAAUGUCAUCUGAAUUAUUUAAGCAAAUAAUAUUGAGCUUUAAAUUCUCACCUGUAAAAAAUAAAAUCCCUUGGUAUUUCUUUCUGAAGCUUGUAUGUGGUGAGGAAAACAGUCAGGCAGCUGAUUCAUGUAUGAAAAAGUAAAAAAAUAAUAUGAAAAUUACUCGUGCUGAAUUGCGUAACACGAUUAACAAGUGUCUGCUAUUUCCUCUAACUGAAGAUGAAUUUCGAGCACUGAUGUUGAUAUUAGAUCCAGGACACACAAAUAUUGUUGACUGCCAGAAAUUUUUAUCAUUACUGAAUACAGUUGAAUCAGAUUUGCCAAGUGAAUCUCUAAACAUAGAGGAUAAGAAAGAAAAACUUGAUGAAAAUAUUCGUACGACAUUAUGUGGGGAAAAAAUAAGAUCUGAACUCAAAAAAUAUUUCAACAAAAAUUUUAAAACUAUAGAAAAGGCUUUUAAUGCUUUUGAUUGUGAAGAAACCGGAUAUAUGAAUACUACAGAAUUAAAGAAAACUUUAGAUGCUUUUUGCUUUCCUUUAUCUGAAAGUCAAUUCCAUGAGGUCAUAAAGGGCAUUUCAGUGAUUAAUAAUAAAAUAUUUUAUGAAGAUUUCAUAAAUCUUUAUAAGAAGAGUCCUUAUGAAGAGGGAGAAAAAUGGAUACAGAAUGUGAAUAAACUUGUCAAUAAAGAAAUAAAAGUUAUGGAAGAAUCUGAGUUUAAUCAAAUGAUUGAAAGCAUUCGAGAAGCUGUAAGAAGAUACCAAACCUGCUUCCUGAAAGAGUUUAAAAUUAAUGAUAGUUGUAAUACUGGAGUUGCUGAAAAAGAAAUUUUAUCCAAAUUAUUGCAGAAAUAUGUGUUCAAAGUAUCAGAUGAACAGUUUGAGAAGUUUUGGUCAUUAUUACCUAAAACCGAAGCAGGAUUAUUAAAGUAUGAAGAAUUUUUGAAUGAAUGGAGUAACAUUAAAACCAGUUCAUCCAGUCAGUCAGAAACUACUUUAUCAGAUAAAAAAUCUAUUAAGAAAUCCCUAUCCGGGAAGACUGGUUCUGACAUAAUUUGCAGCAAACAAAGACCCAAAACAGCAAGUGCAUUAAUUUCCCACAGAAAGACUGCAAAUUCACCUACUAAAGUAUCUGUUAGACCUAAAUCGGCAGCUCAUAACAUGUUACAGAAAGAGGCAUCAUUAUCUACAAACUUGAAUGACACAUACAAAAAUUCUGAAAUCUUUCUCCAGGCCUCUGGAUGUAGUGUGCUCACUCACCAGCAAUACCAGCAGUAUAAAUCCUUGGAUUUUAGAAAAAAUAUGAAAUCAACCAAAGAUGCAAAUAAUUCUGUAUCUUCUUGCAGAAUAUUUCCUGAAGAUAAAACAGCUAAAAAUUUCGAGCAUGAGAUUCAUUUUAUUAAUAAUCUGAAAAAAAGAUGGAGCGACAUUUUGCAGCAGUGCAAUGCAGUAGACUCAGAAAAUUCUCACAGUGUACCUUGGAGCGAUUUUAUAGAUAUUCUGCAUAAAUUUGGACUUGAUGUCAACAAGGAACUCGAAAAAAUCUUAGAAGUAAAAUAUAAUAUCAAGAAAAAUCUACCAGUUAAUUAUUGGACAUUUUUCAAAAAACUGUUGUUGUCUGACUCUGAAAUCAGUCAAUUUAAAAGCAAAAAUAAUAUGGCACUGUCAGGUCGUCCAUCUAUGGAUCUGUAUAAAGUAUUUCUGAAAUAUCGAGAAAAAGUAUUGCAAAAUUACAGAGAUUUGUAUCAUGCAUUUCGUAAAGCAGAUCACCAGCGCAGUGGGAGACUGAGUUUUCUGGAAUUUCGUAGAAUUUUAGCACAUCAUAAAAUAUAUAUAUCUGAAGAUGAUUUCUUUUUCUUAUUAGAUUAUUUUGAUCCUGAACUUUCAGGAAAAUUACGUUAUAAAAGCUUUCUGAGUGUAUAUAAAGAGUAAUGAAAUUUUUUGAGAAAAAA